AGCAGGUCUAACCUCCACCUUUGCAGCCAAUGCGCAGGGCGCCUUCGUUGUGAUGUCCGCGUCGAGUGCGCGGCUGGGGGCGGCGCUGGCGGUGCCGCUGGCGGCGCUGGCGGCGGCGCUGGCGGCGCUCGUGCUGGAGAGGCGCAAGCGCCAGGAGGCGGAGGCCGCGGCGGAGCGCGCCGCGCGGCUGCGGGACGAGGAGCGCAAGGGCCGCAUCCGCGCAGAGCAGGAAUUGCGGCGCAGGGCCGGCGAAACCGGUGACGCCGAGAGGGAGGAGAGCUUCAACUUCAACGCCAUCGGGACCUUCCGGUCCUGCUACCGGCAGCGCUGCGGGGCGCCGCGGCAGAGCAACCUGGUGCAGGACUCGCUGGCGGUGCUGCACUGUGUGAAGGACCUGAACCCCGAGGCUGCCCUGCAGGGGCUGAAGGACUUCAGCCACGUUUGGGUGCUCUACGUCUUUCACGAGAACACCAACUCCCUGCGGGAGACCAAGAGCGCCAGGCGCCGGGGCCAGGGCCAGGGCCGCGUGCCCCUGUGGCAGGGCUUGGUGAUGAAGGUGUCGCCUCCGCGGUGCCCGGAGUUGCGCGUGGGGGUGCUGGCCUGCCGCACGCCCCACCGGCCCAACCCCAUCGGCCUGUCCUUGGCGCGGGUGGUGCAGGUGAAGGCAGACCAGGGGGUGCUGGUGCUAGGGGGGCUGGACGUGAUCGAUGGCACGCCCUGCCUGGACAUCAAGCCGUACCUACCCAGCUUCGAAGCCAUCGAUGCGCAGGUGCCGCAGUGGGUCCAGAAGUCCUACGAGGAGCCCAUGAUGGAGGUGCAGUGGUCCCCUGUGGCGCAGGAGCUCCUGUCGCAGCUCGAGCCCUCGCAGUUGCCGCCCUUCCAGUCAACCUCCGAGCUGAUGAAGGCGAUUCAAGGCACCCUGGCGCUGGACAUUCGGUCCCCGGUGCAGAAGGAUCGCCAUCCGAACCCCGGGACCUUCAGCGACGCUGCCUUCUUCACGGGGGACCUCUGGUUUCAUGAGCUGCACAUCACGUACUCCCUGCUCCCCAGGGGAAACCUGGCAUCCGUGCGGGUAGAGGAUGUGCAGAAGGAGAAAAAGACGCCGGGCAUUGUGGAAGCCGCCUACAAGCAGAUUGCGUCGUGGCUUCCAUGGAAUCUGGCGGUGAGGGCCAAAGAUGCAAAGUGCGGCAACUGCAAGGUGACAGCUGAGGUCUACUGUGUGGACUGCAAGAAGGUGAUGUGCAAGUUCUGCACCACCCUCCUGCACCAUCCUGACACCAAGAACGAGCAGCACUCCUUGGAAGAUAUCGUCAAGGAGAACGAGGAUGGGGUGAUGCCGGAAGUGAAGAUCAUCAGCCCCAUUUUGCUCGACCUGAUUCUAGUCGCUGCCGGCAUGUUCUUCUACUUCAGUAGCGCAGGCAUCAGCCCGGAGUACUUCAGCGGGGCGAGCUAUUGCCCUGGCCUGGCGAGGGUCAGGUACUGGACAGCUCGCUUCGAUGCCAACGUCUUCUUCUACUUUAAGAACGAGCUGGCGCAGUACUGUGACUGGGAGGACUCCUACUGGAGGUUUUUCAUGGACACCUGGAUCCGCAGUGUCCUGACCAAUACGGACAGCUGGAUCCUCCUUUUUGCCUCCUUUCUGAAGGCAGCGACCUUCGAGGAGUUCUUGCGCAUCAUCAUUACCCCAGUCGUUGCUGCGGUCUACGCCACUUUGGCCUACAUUGUCCGCAGCAUAGAGUUUUGGCUGCACAAGAUCCUCUACGAGCGACUGGAGGGUUCCACGCACACCGUCACCAAGCUCUUGCAGCGGUUGUCGAGAGUGGUUCAGUUCAUCCGCGUCUCAUCCAAGCUUGGAAUCGACUCGGUGGAGCUGGCUCCGCCGACACAUAGGCGCAAACGACCAGCCUCUGACAUUGCGGAGUACUUUGUCUACGCCUGGCGGAGACGCUUCCGCCUGCUCGACUACUACCGGGCGCAGGCGCGGGCAGUGUGCAACCUCCUGCUGAAGGGCUCCCUGCUCGCGGCCACGGCCCUUCGGAUCUUCUGCAUCCUCUUCGGUGGCACCCCGCUGCUGUCCCUAGCCCACCUCCUGGGCUUCGGCGAUCGGGCGGAUAGGCAUCGCGACUGGUUCACCGAGGUGACAGGCACUCCCGUGAACCACGGCAAGGCCUACUAUUGGACCGAUCAGAUCUUCUCUGUGAUCGGCCACGAGGUGGUGCUGGCCAACAUGGCCUUUCUGCAGGGCUACUUUUCCAAGACCGCCUGGGUUGCGCUGGAGAGCAGCAUGAGCCUCUACCCCCUCUUGAUGAGGCUUUGGCCCAUCCUCACCAUCUUCCUGGCCAGAUGGAUGUGGGGUCAAUUCAUCCAGAGGCAGAAGGACAAUUUCAAGAUCGAGUGGAAGAAGAAGUACAGCAAGGAGGGCUGCAACAAUUGCGGUCUGCGCGACUAG